CUUAUGUCCCAAACGUCAAAAAAUUAUCAUUUCUCCGUCCGGAAAUUAUAAAUUAACAAGUCUCUUAACAGAAAAAUUUUACUUUAAUAUUUCCAAUUUGAAGAUUACUCAACAAAAAGCUAAAAAAAAGCGUUGAACACAACAACAAAAAAUUAAUUAAAAAUAAACAAAACAAACAAGCAAAACGUUUCCCAUCAACAUCAUCGCCAAAGCCUUUCAACUGCAAGAAAAAACGAAGUCGAAAUGCAAAUGACUCAGUGAAAAAUAAAAAAAUUAUGACGACAAAAACGAAAAUUACUGCGACGAUAACAACGACCGUGAAAUUAACACCAAAUACAAACUAAUUAUUUGUCCUUGACACAAAGUUAAGUCUCGAAAUUAAAGGAACAAAACAAUCGCAGAACCUGGGAAAACGUUAAAAAACAUAGAAAAUGGAUAAUAAAGACGACAAACAGCAGGAAAAUAAUCCACCAAGCGAUGUGGUUGAUGCGUCAACCACCACAAGCAAUAAUGAAAUUAAUUCGGCAACAAAUUUGGCGGCUCCGGCAAACCUGGAGAGUGAUAAAACAGAUGGCGAACGAAGUCAACAGACAUCAGGACCAAUAUCACUUUCAGCAGCUGUUUCGGGGAUGCUGCAACCUUCAUCGUCAUCGACGACAGCGAUCUCGGUGGAUGCGGCAGCUGUCGACGAACGCAGUUGCUGGAUAUGCUUUUCCACAGAUGACGACAAUAAGCUGGCCGCCUGGGUCCAGCCUUGCAAGUGUCGCGGAACCACCAAAUGGGUCCAUCAGAGUUGCCUCUAUCGGUGGGUUGAUGAGAAACAAAAAGGCAACGCCCUUCGGAGUGUGAGCUGCCAACAGUGCCAAACAGAGUACAUAAUUGUGUUUCCACACAUGGGAAAAUUUGCCAAUGUUCUGGAGGUGUUUGACAACCUGAUCAAGCGAUUGAGUCCGUUCUUGGCGGCUGGCAUAUUUGUCGGUUCGCUGUAUUGGACGGCGGUCACAUAUGGUGCUGUGACUUUUCUGCAGAUUGUUGGCCAUAAAAAAGGACUCGCCCUGAUGGAGAAUGGUGAUCCACUUGUGCUGCUGAUUGGGUUGCCUGCCAUUCCGGUGGGUCUGGUCUUUGGGCGCAUGAUUCGCUGGGAAGAUGCUGUCCUUCGAUUAAUUCGUAAUCGACGAACCAUGGCAAGGAAAUUCCCCCUAAUGAGCUUGAUUAUUCCAUAUCCCGAUGAGGAAGAAGAACCAACUGUACAAAAUCCAGCAACGCCAACUCUUUCCGAUCCAGUUUCUGCAACACGAAUUUUCUGCGGAGCACUGCUUCUGCCAACUAUAUCAUCAAUUGUCGGUCGUCUUCUUUUCGAAACAAUUGAAAAUACCUUACAUCGUACUCUGCUCGGUGGACUUACUUUUAUAACCGUUAAGGGCAUAUUAAAGAUAUACCUCAAACAACAACAAUUUACACGAAAGAAAAAACGUAAAAUUGUCGAUUACACUGAUGAAAAUAUUCGCACAUUUGUCAACCGGAACACAAGAAAUUCCAACUUGAGUUCAACACAACAGAGAGCUAAUGAAAAUAUGGUAUAGGGAAUGGCCUAUUCAUCCUUCAAAAUAAGAAAAAGACAAUUGCUUUGUUUUUAUACUAAUAUUUAGCAUAUGUUACAUGAAAAAAACAACAACAACAACAAAAAUCAAAAAUAUAUAUAUUUAAAAAAAUUUAUCUGAAAAACAAAAAUGAUAACUACCUUUUACAAAUAGGAAUUUCGACAAAAAUUUUAAUUCGUUUUUGAAAUGUUAAAUUUGUUUUCUCGUUUUAAACACUUUAAAAUAUAAUAAUUAACGACUUCAAAUUAAUUUUAUUCAAAUGUACUCGUAAGGUUUUAAAUAUAUUGUAUUUAAUAUUAUUAUUGUAUGUAUUUGAAUAGUGAAAGAAAAUGUAUCUUGAAGGCAUCUAUAGAAUUAAAGGCCUAAUCUCAUCGUAUCCGUUUUGAAAUCUAUUCUAUCGUAAUGAAGAUUUUCUAUUGGCGAGGAACAUAAUGACACUACAAGUCUAAUUAGUGUUUGUAUAACCAAUCGCGGAUAUUAUUGUGUUCAUAUAAUUUUCUGACGUGAUCUUAUGUCGGGUACGAUCCUAGAAAUGGCAGAGUAAUUUAUCACUUGAAUUUGGAUUGCUCUGGGUUCUGAGAUUUUAACGCUUACUUUAUAUUUUUCGAUUACUAUUUUUUAAUCAUUAGUCAACAUUUGUUACGAUUCGAUCGGAUACGAUGAUAGGUCUUUGAUUUUGAUCUUUUUUUGCUUUUUACAAAGGUUUAGAAUGAUUACAAAAAAAAAACAUUUUAACGGAUGGGUUAUUUAGAAGUUAAUUAAGAUACAUUUAUUUUAACUGUCGGUUAAUAAAAAUAAAACCCAAAUAAAUCCGGGUUCAAUUCUUGUCACAUAUAAA